UGCAAACUUCAACUCCUCCUCCUCCUCCCUCUAAUGCCUGUAACUCACAUCCGAGGCUGGGCGAGGAAGCCGGAGAGGAGAUUUUCCUCAUGCUCACGGUGGUUGGAAACUGGAGGAAGGAGAGGCCGGAGGAAGGGGAUUCGUGGCGCUCUCCACCUACUACGAGACUGAUCAGGGGAGGGGGCGCCUAGAUUCGCACCUUUUCUUCUUCGUGGGGAUUCAGAACUGCAGGUUCAAUCCGAUCCCACUGAACGCUGGAGAUUGAUUAUAAAAAAAAAAAAAAAAUCGACACUGGAGAAGCGAAGCUCUGUCCUCGGCUGUCAGUCUCGGAGGUGGUAUUGGUGUGUGAGUGUGUGUGGUGGCUUUUUUUCUUUUCUUUUCUUUUCCUUUCUUUUCCUUUUCUUUCUUUUUUUCCUUUUUUUUUUUCCUCCUUCUCUCCUAGGGGCUCCACAAUGGCAGUCUUCUCUCAGUAAGAUGAAUCCUGCUUCGCUCCUGCUGAUCCACCCAUCCUCAUAGCGAUCAAGUAAAAGGCUAUGGUUUUCUCCCUGAUUAGUUUUGAUCUCAGUUGGGAUUUCUUUGCUUUUUUGUUUGGCUUCAUGCUGAAAAAGGAUUUUUUUCCCAACCCUUUGGUAAUAAUCCAGUGGUGAGCAAAAGGGGGAUAAAUCAUUCACCCUGGCCGAGAAAAAACAAUCGCUGAGAAGUCUCAAAGAAAUAUACCACGUGAGGGGAAAAAACUGGGAGAAGAUCCGGAAUAUUAUCGUUUUUCCUAUGGUAAAACCGGUGCCCCUCUUCAGGAGAACUGAUUUCAAAUUAUUAUUAUGCAACCACAAGGAUCUCUUCUUUCUCAGGGUGUCUAAGCUGCUGGAUUGCUUUUCGCCCAAAUCAAUGUGGUUUCUUUGGAACAUUUUCAGCAAAGGAACGCAUAUGCUGCAGUGUCUUUGUGGCAAGAGUCUUAAGAAAAACAAGAACCCAACUGAUCCGCAGCUCAAGGGUAUAGUGACCAGGUUAUAUUGCAGGCAAGGCUACUACUUGCAAAUGCACCCCGAUGGAGCUCUCGAUGGAACCAAGGAUGACAGCACCAAUUCCACACUGUUCAACCUCAUCCCAGUGGGACUGCGUGUCGUUGCCAUCCAGGGAGUGAAGACAGGGUUGUAUAUAGCCAUGAACGCAGAAGGUUACCUCUACCCAUCAGAACUUUUUACCCCUGAAUGCAAGUUUAAAGAGUCUGUUUUUGAAAACUAUUAUGUAAUCUACUCCUCCAUGCUGUACAGACAACAGGAAUCUGGUAGAGCCUGGUUUUUGGGAUUAAAUAAGGAGGGGCAAGCUAUGAAAGGAAACAGAGUAAAGAAAACCAAACCAGCAGCUCAUUUUCUACCCAAGCCAUUGGAAGUUGCCAUGUACCGAGAACCAUCUUUGCAUGAUGUUGGUGAAACGGUCCCGAAAACUGGGGUGACGCCAAGUAAAAGCACAAGCGCGUCGGCAAUAAUGAAUGGAGGCAAACCAGUCAACAAGAGCAAGACCACAUAGCCAGAUCCUCACAGGUGGUGUGACUUUCUCGUCCUGAGCACAGUUGAGUGAUUUAUCCUUCCCAGACAUUCCUCUCCCGGGGCUGAGGAGCAGGUGGGGAGCACGUGAAUGCUUUCCCUUUGCUAUCCCCGAACUUCUUUGUUGCAAAUGGAUAAAUCUCAACCUGUGGCCCCACACAAGAAGAUACCUGGACAACCAGCUAAACUCAGACCAUGGAAUGCCCUACCAGAUAUGGAAUGCCUUUUUACUAUCUUUUCUGUGACUGUGACACUUCAUGUGAAUGACAUACUUCACAAGUACUCGAUUCCUUGCCUGCUGACAGCUACCCAUAAUCCUUUUUGAGUCCUGUUUCGGCAAAAUCCAUGUGUUUAAGUUCAAUUUUGUAGCACACCAAUAAUACUGAGUAAUUUCUAGUUAGGAGCUGUAAAACUGUGCUAUUAUGGAUUUCUCUCCUCCUCGUUUUUACAGGGCUGCUCGCUCCACUGUCUGUGACCUUUCGCAGGGAUCGUGUUCCUCUAAAUCUGAGAUGUUGCAGUUGGCUUAGUUCGGAGAGCAAUCAGGGAAUCAGGAAGCCUUCUACACCUAUUAUUACAAAUUGCAUCUCUAAGAUUAAGAAUGUUGUCUCUGACUCACAUUACUGAUUAAACACACAUAUACGCUCUAUCUGAUAGCAGAUACUGUGCUCCCUAGGUUGGCAUUGGCUGGAGGGGAUGAGGGUCAAACACUGGCCAUGGAAAGCUCUGCAUAUGUGUUUGACAUGCCCUCUAGUUUCUGUGUGUGUGUGUGUGUUUUCUACAUAUCACAAGCUUACUGGUAAUGGUAACAUUUGCCUUGCCCAGCGAGCGAGACCCACUGGUUUUUGAGAAAGUGGGUCCAAAGAAUUCUGUAGGCCUCGUAGGCCUGAUUAAGGUUCAUUUUUCAUCUAUUAAUCUUCAUUACUGGGAAAAAAGGGGGGAUCAAUCAUUAACACCUAUGAAGAAUUGCGCUACCUAAAUCCAUUUCCAAUCAACUCCUUCCUGUUUUUAACGAACCAAACUAAUGCCAUCCCUGUUUUGGGCUGCGUCCCACUCAUACCCAGCCAAGCAUGGGCAAGGCGGCUGUUGAGUUCUUUUCUGCAGCAGCAAUGCAAACGUUAGGUAUAAAUUAGACUUUACUAUUUUUGGUGUUUAAUGACAAGUUUUUAAACUGGACGUAUUAGGAAAAAAGUUUUGUUUUUUUUUUUUUAGCUCAGCAUGCUGAGUCCGGUACCAUGGACCUCACCAGUACAUACCUGUAGCUCAGCCUCUGGGUCCCCAGUUGCUCCCUGGCUGGGUUAGAGGUGCCUUGCCAUGAUCUCAGAAUUAUCCUAGAUAAAAAAAAUAAAGGCAAACCAACACACUCAAAGAUGGGGUUUGGGGGCCACUGGUUUAUUUGCUUUUAUUUUGCUUUCUUAAUUUCCUUUUGGAGUGACUACUGCUAAACUGUGCUUAUGGAAGAGUGUAGCAACGAGGGUCAGAAAUAGUUGACUAACCAGUGUAGAGUCCAUGCAAAAUGUUCAACACUGGAUGUAAUGAGCUUCACAAUGUUCAGUACUCAACUGUUUGGAAAUAUAUUUGUUAACUCUGUGUACUCUUAAUAAAAUUCAAUGUUUUCUUCUCAGAAGAGUUAAUUGAGACCAAACCGAACCUCGUUUACAGAAAACAAUCUGUGAGAUCAAUGUACUGGCCUUUUAUUAUUUCCAGGUGGAAGGAUAACCCAAUUGCCGUUUGCCCCCAUCUGCACUGUAUUUACUGGGAAAUUAUUUUGUCAUUGCUUUCAUAAAUCCCCAUGGCAGCCCUUGCCCAGCAUUUAAAAUUUUUGGCCUGCUUAGCUGAUUAAAAGUUCAGUAUCAAUUUAAUGUUCAUGCUUAUUUCAUUUUCAUAUUGGAUUCCAUUUUAAUAAAUAAAAAAGUUAGCUAACAUUGGAGUAGAUCUGUCAAUAAUGUUAAACUGCAAAUACAACAAAAUAAUUCCUUUGACCAUUCUGAAUUUGGUGUCGUACCAUUUUGAAACCUAUUGUUUUUAACAGGAUAAAUUAAAAAUGUAUUAGAUGAAAUCCAUGAAUCAAUUAUUUAGGAAAGACAUAUAUCCCAUAAUAUGCAACAAACUAUGAAUAAUUUGUAUUUCCAAUUAGAUGGGCUUGUAGACACUGCUGACACCACUACACACACACACACACACACACACACACACACACAAACACACACAUGACUCCAACUAUAUGUUUUUGAUAAUCAGCCUACUCGUGGUUUCUUUAUCCCUUGCAAGCCAGUUUAUUGGUUAAAAUUAAGAUAAGAUUUAUUUUUGUAAAUGACAGAUUUAUGUAAAUGUCUACCAUUUUUUUAUGGGUGUUCUAUAAGGGCAUUUAUCACGAUGAGUGGAUGUCAGAGUACUUUUAUCUAAUACAUGUUUAGACAUAUUGCAGAGGGGUCCUUGUUACUUGUAAUUUAGUUAGAUCAUUUACUCUGUGUCUCGUCUCACCUGUUGCAUGGCAAGAGGACAGCACCGACGAACUGCAUGUAGUAGGAACCUGUGUAUGAAGAACUGUUGGUAUGUAUCACUCAAUUACAUACGAAGUUUGUCUGCAUUGUACAGUUUCUGUGUUUACUACCAUUUGUUGUAUUUGCAAAUACAACAUAUUGAAUAAAAUAUUUAUAUGAAGGCAUAUGAAUAAACAUCAAACAACUUUAUGUAACAAAAUGACAUUGCAUCACCCACAUAUAUAGAGAAAUGUCAUGUAAAUAAGUUGGUAAACUCAAUCUCCCUUUACCAUGCCAAAGAAAAUUUUAGCUCUUUGAUGAUACCUCUCUUGCUAUCUUCCAGGAUAAGACUUCAUUUUUUUUCCUUCAGAAAUUAAGUUUGCUGUUAUUCAGUGCAAUCUGUCACUCUUGAUGUUCUGUAAAGUAAAUCUGAUGGAAUUCAUUUGUAUUUACAGAACACGUGUUUUGUAUCUCUAUGUACAUAUGUCCAUUGCAUCAAGUCUCUCUAAUAUCCCAUUCUUUCUGCAUGCAUAUCUGGUAUGGGAGGGUUAUUCCUACUGAUUUGUUAGGGUAGCUGAGUGUUCUGCCCACCCUCAACAAUACUCAAAAAUGUUAAGUUUUUAUAUUUUAAGUGCCACCAUUUUUAUAAUAAGUCUACUUUCUAAAAUUUGCUACCACCCUACUUGGAAAAAUUACAGAAGACAUGCAAGUGGUCCAUCCUAUGUAAAGAGUAAAACAGAAUUUAGUAUCAUUUCAUUAUGAAACUUGGUGAAUUUAGAGAUUCUUGCUCUAAAUGUGUGUUUUUAUUGUUCUGGGGAAGGGGUGGCUCAGAUGCACAGUGGGCCCAAAGGACUCCUGCUCCAGUGCUUCUGUUAAGUCCUUGGCAACUCAUAAGAGUUUCUUUAUCAUACCCGGCCACUUGCUUAAUUGCUGCUUAACGCACUACAACAAUCAUUUUAUCAAGAUGAUAGUAGCAGAUUUAGUUUUUUUAACAAAAAAACAUAAAACAAAAACUUUUUUGUUAUUUAAGUUACACAUGUAUUACUUCAUUUAUAGUUUUCUUCCUGAUAUUGUGAAGGUAAUUCAUGUUGGAUGAGAGAGAGAGAGAGAGAGAGAGAGAGAGAGAGAGAGAGAGAGAUUGACUGAGAUUCAGAUUAGAAGGAGAUGAAAAUAAUUAAGAAUUAUUUUCAACUUUAUUUUAGGAAGAAGGGAUAUCCAGGGAAAAAUUAAUUUCAGGCUUACUCAUUUUCCGAAAUUCAGGGGGACCAAAAUUAAGAAUGUAAGUCAUUUUACUUUGGAGUAAAAUACAUUGUAUAGCUCAGGUUUCUUAGGGUAUAAGGUGACAUGAGUUGGUUGACUCUGGAAAACAGUAGAGUUUCAAAGUUUUGACAGUUGAAUCUUCAAAUCAAGGCUUAGUUAUUUAUAUUUUGGUUUGGUUUCUUCCUUGGUUGUCAUGCAGUCUGUUUCUAAAGUCUCCUGGCAGGUUGUGUUGGAGUUGUGAUGGUAAGAUCACUGCUUUCAAUGUGCUCUAGAGCAGGAAUUAUGAACCUUCUAGAGCUCUGAAUGACAGCAGACAGCCUCCUGCAUCACUCAUGCCAGAAGUUCACCGCCACUGCUCUAGGUUGUAGGUAACCUCAGGGAGCGCAGAAAGGCAGGUACAAUGAUUCUUUUCCUUAUUUUUAGGACUUUGGUUGACUUUUAUAGUAUAAAAAGUCCUGUGGAGGUGUUCUUCAGUGAAGGCUUGCCAAACAGGUAGCGUUAGUGCCAGCACCAUGAGUGAAUUUCUUGGCUCUUUCCCAAUUGACAUUAAUCUCACUGCAAUUUUUUAAAACUACAAUAAAACUUUUCCCCCAUUGAGUACAAAUGUGUCCUUUUUCUGCCUUUUUAAAGAGUGAAGGCUCUAUCUUAGUAAUGCAAUCAAAAGUCAAAGAACAAAUUCACAUUUAGGAGGGGUGUAAGUUAAAAUUUUACAUAUAACUGUAUUUUCUUUCCAUAUAAAUCCUGAAAAUUCAAUCACUUCUUUACAAAUAUAUUGAUGUUGGCAUUGUUAGAGUGUAACACACACUCAUAUAUACACACACACAAUUACUAUAGCAGACAGAAAGAAGUGAAAAAAAUAUUUCUGUUUUUAUAGAAAAAGUACGCAUUAGAGUUUAGGUACUCUAUGACUUAUAGCUCAGGUUUUGCUCUAUAAGUUGUAAUUUAUUCCUGGGACAUGAUUAACUGUACAUAUUUUCAUCUUUGUCCAAAAAUAAAGACAAAUCACGUUUUGAAUUUUAAGGUAAAAUAACUUCUCCAACAUA